CUCCUGCCGGUGAACAAGUUUCGAGUAUUAAGAUUGCUAUGGACAUAUGGAAAAAGGAAGGGAUUCGCGGAAUUAAUAAAGGUGUCAAUGCUGUUGCCCUACGACAAUGUACUAAUUGGGCUAGUAGAUUUGGUUUAACACGACUUGGUGAAACGGCAAUUAGAAGAAUUCGUGAUGGUGAAACAAUAGAUUAUAGUCGACCGUUAUCACCGCUUCAAAAAAUUUUAGCUAGUGCUAUUGGAGGUGGUUUGUCCUGCUGGAAUCAGCCAAUCGAAGUUAUUCGCGUUGAAAUGCAAUCUCAAGUGAAAUCACCUGACCGUCCUGAAAAGAUGACGAUUGUCUCAGCUGCAAAAUAUAUAUAUAAAAAUAAUGGAUUCAAAGGGUUUUAUCGUGGUGUAACCCCUAGAAUUUGUCUUGGUGUCUGGCAAACUAUUUGCAUGGUAUUUGGUGGUGAUACUGUGAAGGAAAAGAUUGCAGCGAGGCAGAAGGCGAAAAUGGCGAAAAUCUAG